AUGGAGGACGGCAGGAGAGCCCCCAUUGCCAUUGCUGGCUGGGCAUGCACAACCCUGUGCUUGGCCUCCUAUGCAGCUGCCUUCUCGCACGGCGCCAGCCUUUCUGCCUGUACUGACAUGAUGCCCAAGCACCUGAGAGUGCAGCUGCACAGUCCCAGCAACAACUACUUUGCUGUCCACACCAACGUGUCCUUCUUCUUCCCAGGUGACAAGGUUACAGUGACAGUGAGGAGCACACAGGAUUUUAUGGGCUUUUUACUUCAAGCUCGCAAAGUGUCUAACGACGAAAUCACUGGCACAUUUGUCUUCAUUCCUCCUGGUUCCAAGCUGCUGACUUGUUCUGAAGAUGGUGACACCGUCACCCACUCAGACAAGUCACUGAAGAGAAAUCUGUCCUUUGUAUGGAAAGCACCAGACCAACCCAUUGGAGACAUCAAGUUUUUCAUCUCAAUAGUCCAGUCAUACUUUGUUUACUGGGCAAAGAUCGAAUCUGCUAUUGUGGCUCAGCAACAGCAAAACAAAAUGCUUGCUGGCAGCAGCGAGAAGCCCGACCCUGUCACUCUCGUGCCUUCACAGGGACCAGCCGACCCACUCCCCGCAGGUCCAACCUCUCCAGCGGCUGCCACCGGCUCCCCCCUGCACACCCCCGCGCUGCCUGCCAGCCCCACCGGCAUCGCAGCAACACUGGCACCGGAGCCGAGUUUUGGUGUUGGGUCAGACACCCAUCCCAUUGCUGAGCUGAGGCAGCCGGCCUGGCCUUCGCGGGCUGCAGCUGGUGCAAGCGGCGGGUCCAGUGGCCACGGGCUGGAGCCGUCCCUCCCCACCCGAGACCCCGUCACGGCAAACACCUUGCGAGGUUUCCUCUCCUGGGAUGACGCCUCCAGCUACGGCACCUCUGAUGGCGCAGGAAGCAUUGCCAGCGCUGCCACCCCACGCCUGUGUUUGACCUGUAAAGAAGACAGGCAGGCCAGUACCGAGAGUGGGGCCAUCUUGGAAACCUCCCCACAUGUGACAGUGUCUCCUUCUGCCGUGCAUGUACACACUUACCUGGGUGAUGCCAUUGUGACAACAGCCUGGUUUGGUGAUGCAGAUGCUGCUGGCAAUUUGUCAUCACCUUCAAGUCAAAUGGCAGAAAGAAAGCUGGCACCACAGCCAGAGGAGGCAGGCACCAGGGGCGAGGAGGAAGAGGAGGGCGGGAAUACUCUGCCAUGGGUGACCAGACCAGCUCCCAGAUCUGCUGUUCCUGGCAAGGGGGAAGACCCUGGCAGAGGGACCCGACUCCUAGCAGCCCAAAUCGGCAUCCUCCUGGUCUGCUCGGCUGCCCUGGGCCUGGCGCUUGUGGCUGCCGUGCGCUGUGCCUGUGCCCAGCAUUGCCAGAAGCGGACGGAGGUCUCCUUCAGCGAGCCGGACCCCAACGUCAUCGCCAUCAGGCAAAACGGGGAGGUGAUGCACUUCCGAAAGAUCCGGGAGAACAGCUUUGUGCUGGUGCAAGCUGAGUACAACUGGGUCAGCCCCUCAAGCAGUGGGAAGAAGACAACCAUAUGA